CUGGACACAAUGUUAGGAUUGGCGGAAGGCGUUCCUGUGGAAUGGCCUUUUGUCGCGGCAGCAUAGGUCAUGGAUCUGGUGGGUGUGGUUUCCAGGGCUGCGUAGCACUGGUUCGGGAGUCCCUUUGGGACACGGGAGCGCUGAGGGCAUGUGUUGUGGCCAUUGUGGGGGCCACAGCAUGACAGCGUAUCCUGGUGACUAGGGGUUUGAUUAAAUACAUGCAAUCGGAUGGUUGCAUGGACGAAUAUAUGACGUUCUCUUAGCUCCUAGGCCAUCCCGAAGCCUGGCUGUUACCAGGUAUUACGGUUCAUCAUACAACAGCGGGUUGUAUGAUGAUCCAGAUCCAGACCUCAUGCUUUGGGCCAACCCUACUUUGCUAGCUGGUUGCUUAAUAAAGCUGUGGCCUUUCCUCCAUAUUGCUGGCUCCUGUUUUUCUCGUAGCGGUGGCCUCCCAGGCAAAAGCUUUCUAGUUUUUACAGAACCAUCUUUUUAAAAAAUGCCAUCCUUUAAAAAUUGUAUGUUUUAAAAUCCUGCUGGAAUAAAAUGGUCUUUGCCUGGUGAAGGAAUGAUAGCAAGGAAGGGGUGAUUCUUGCCUCCCUAGGAAGGCAAUUCAGACUCACAGCUUAGGGGCAGCCACCGAAAAGACCCUCUCUUAUGUCCCCACCAACCAGGGUGACCAAAUAGUAUACUUGCAAAGGAGGACAAGGCACCAUGAAAUGUAGAACAUUCAACAAAAAUGUAGGAUACCAGGAUACCAAAUCAAAGCAAAAAACACUCAUAUAAAUCUGAAUUCAUGCUUCUUGCUCAUGCUCAAAAUGGAGGGCAUUUUGGAAUUCCUCCUGGACAGAAGCCUGAAAUAUAGGACAUAUCCUGGAAAAGGAGGACACCUUUUCACCUUCCCACCAACCAUGGUAGGGCUGAGAGAAGGACCUCUCCUGAGGAUCUCAGGACCUGGAUGAGGAAUGUCAUGGUGAUCCCACUGCCUGGCAGUGCAAUGAUGGAAAGUGUAUUGCUGUCUCCUGGCUUUGUGAUGGAAUCAGUGACUGCAUGGAUGGCUCCGAUGAAAAGAAUUGUGUUUGUGCAGAGAAAAAGGUCAAAUGCCAAGGAAGUGAUCAAUGCAUUGAUCCGUGGGAAAUCUGUGAUCAGCAUAAGGACUGUGAAGAUGGCUCAGAUGAAGCAAACUGUCCUCCAAAUAGUUGCCUGGCUGGCCAGUGGCAAUGUAAGAACAAAGUAUGUGUUAUGGAAGACUGGAAGUGCAAUGGCAUUGACAACUGUGGAGACAACUCAGAUGAAGAAGUUUGUGCAUCCUGCCCUGGAGGAAUGAUCAACUGUGAUAAGGGGAAAUGCAUCCUGGAGUCCCUAGUGUGCAAUGGAGUGGCAGACUGUGUAGAUGGUACAGAUGAGCCCAGCACUUGCGGCAAAAACUGCUCUCUUAACAAUGGAGGAUGCAUGGACAAAUGUACGGAGACUUCCUGGGGUGUGAGGUGUUCAUGUGAUCCAGGCUGGAGUCUGCACGCUAAUGGUCAAAACUGUACAGACAUUGAUGAGUGUGCUCUGCCCUUCAGUCCCUGCAGCCAGUUGUGCAAGAACACAGUUGGUUCUUUUACCUGUGAUUGCGUCCAAGGAUAUCAGCUGUCCAGUGAAACGGUUUGUGAGGCUGCAGGUGGUGCUCCAAAGGUACUGCUAGCUGUCGAUCAUGAACUUGCUCUCCUGGAUAUCAAAACUUUCCAGUUAGAGACUUUAGUCUCUACUGAGACAACAGCUGGUUCUGUUGCCUAUGACUUGUUAAGGAAAACUUAUUAUUGGGUUGAUGAAGGGAAGAGGCUGCAUAUCUAUACAUCUGGAAAAAGUGAAAGAGUCCUCUAUCCAGAUGUAAGAGAUGUCAACAGCAUAUCUGUAGACUGGACCACAGGACAGCUGUAUUGGACCAGCAGCAAUCCUCAUUCCAUCUCUGUUGGUUUGAGUGAUGGUAGAGGAUAUGUGAAGAUCCUGGAGAAGGAUUUGGCGCCUGAACAGCUAAAUGUAUUUCCAGAAAAAAGAUACAUGUAUUGGGUGAAUCGUGGUGCAAAAGGAAGAACAGUGAUCGAAGCUGCAGGGAUGGAUGGUUCUGACAGGCACAUAUUUGCAAUCCUAAUGACAGAAGAGCCUGUGGGAUUGACUCUGGAUUACAUAACCAGUAGACUCUACUGGAUCAGUGAAUACAAAGAGUCCAUAGAGACCAUAAAAACAGAUGGCACUGGCAGAUACACUUUUCCUGAGAUGCUGCUGAAAAACCAGGACCCUCUGGGGUUUGGCGUGUUUGAAAACUGGUUCUUCUGGGCUGACAAAGAUCACUUGGUCUAUUCGUCCUACACCUCCCCACGGGUCAGUGUGUUGCUGAACCAUUCUGUCUCUGCGCUGACAGUGCUGCAUGAGUUACAGCAGCCUCAGAGUAAUACAGCUGUGUGUGUUCCUGGAUCAUGCAGUCACAUCUGCCUUCCGUCACCAGUUCAUCCCAAAGGGUACAAGUGUGCCUGUCCAGAGGGCUUUUUUCUCCUGCCUUCUGCUGAAUGUGCAGAACUGAAUGUCUUGUAUUCAACUGCUAAUCAAAUCUACUGGCUGCCAGUUGGGCUCGAGGGACUGACACAGCAACCUCAACUGAUGCUGGAGUGGCCAGAAAACAUUGACUUCCAAGACAUGGACUGGAGCAGGGGAUUAAUCUACUGGACCAAUGCCAAGAGAGAACUGAUGCGCUUCCAUAAAGAGACAAGGACAAAGCUCAUAAUUCCUACUGACUCACCAGUUUGUGCAGCAACUGUUGAUAUACCUUCUGGAGACCUCUACUGGCUGACAUGUAACAGAACUCAGAUCAAAGUUACUAGCUUUGCUGGCAUGAUUACCAAGAUCCUCUAUCAAGUGGCAACCAAUGGUGUUAUAAGGAACCUAUUCCUAGACUGGCAAAGAGCGUCCCUCUACUGGCUGGAAAGUGGCAAACCUCUUCAAAGGAUGGACCUUCAUGGUAGGGAUAUCAAAGAAGUGUGGAAUGAAACUUGGGCAGAAGAUACCCUAAUAGCCUUGGACUUAAGCUCGUGCAACUUCCUCUGGACUUCCAAAGAAAUGGUGCUCAGAGCAUUGAAUCUCAUCACACACAGAACAUACAAUCUGAUGGACAGAUGGAGCCAGGGAGUGGCAGCUGCUUAUGGGCCUUACCUGGUGACAUUCAACGAAACAGUGCUUAGCGUCUGGAACAGAAGAUCGAUGGAGCCCUCUAUUGUUCAAGCAGCUAAUGUACAUAAAGCAAUGGUGUUAUUUAACACAACUUUGAGGACUGUUGUAGCACAACCUGUUCUUGCAACAAAACCUACCAUUCCUGCAACAAAGCCUGUCAUUCCUGCAACAAAGCCUACUGUUGUAUCAUCACCUACUACUACCACCAGUACUAAAGCAGUGCCACGGACGGUAUCUACAAAAGCAGUACGCUCAACUACCAUUAAGUCUACUACAACAAUGCUAACUAGUACACAUACAACCAAGACUACAUUCUUGACAACUGUGUUUUGUGGAUGGGCAGAAGCAGCUUGCCGAGAUGGAAAAGAGUGUGUGUCUUUUGAAUACAUCUGUGAUGGAGAGAACGACUGUACAGAUGGGUCUGAUGAGGAUGGCUGUCCUGAAUACUGUAAUAGACCAGGAAUCUUCAAAUGUAAGAGUAGCAACAAAUGUAUUCAUGAGAGAUACAAUUGUGAUGGAGUAUGGCAUUGUCCCGACGGCUCUGAUGAAUCAGAUUGCUGGAAGCCAACGCCGGAGUGUGCCCUACGGUGUGAUAGCAACACACGUUGUGUGCCUGAGAGUUGGAUUUGUGAUGGGAGUCUUGACUGUGCUGAUGAUGCAGAUGAACAGGGCUGUGUUCAUCCAGAGUGUUCUCAGCAUGAUUUCCAAUGUAAAAGUGGCCAGUGCAUUGCUUACUAUCUGCGUUGUGAUGGAGACCAUGAUUGCAAGGACCACUCAGAUGAAGCUGACUGCCCAAUCCCCAAAAUACAUCUGUGCCCUUCAGAUGAAGCCAAGUGCCCUGGAAGUGGAGAGUGUAUCCUAAAGGAAUGGCUCUGUGAUGGGGAUGUGGACUGUAAAGAUGAAUCUGAUGAACAGGACUGCAAGUUGUUGAAGCGAGAAUGCAGCGCCAACCAGUGGCAAUGCAGCAGCUUAGUGGAGUGUAUCCCAGAUCUUUGGCGCUGUGAUGGGCAACCUGAUUGCAAAGACAGGAGUGAUGAGAUUGGGUGCAAGGCCCAGAAGUGCCAGGGCCAUGAAUUCCAGUGUGGUGACAUCUGUAUCAGUCACACACUAGUCUGCAAUGGGAAGCCUGACUGUCAAGGUGGAUUUGAUGAAGGUGGCACAUGUGGUUCACCAUGCCAAAGGAGAUGCUCGCAGAUCUGCUACCAGUCUCCUACUGGGUCUAAAUGUGCUUGCCAUGAGGGAUUCAGGCUAAGAAGCGACAUGCGUUCCUGCAAAGAUAUCAAUGAAUGUAAAGAACUGGCAGAAGAGAAGUGCAGCCAGACCUGUAUCAACACAAUUGGUGGCUACAGCUGCACUUGUCACCCUGGCUACUUGUUGGAGCCAGAUGGCCACACAUGCAAAGUGGUUGGCUCUGAACCAAUGCUGCUAGUUGCCAUUCAAUUUGACCUGAUCCUGUACGGAUUAAGGAGCAUGAAAGAGGAUGUCAUCUUGACAACUGAUAAGAACUUCAUUAUCUUUUCCAUUGACUAUGAUUUGGUGGAGCAGAAGGUUUUCUGGAUGGACCUUAAUGCAGAAAGCAUUAAAUGGAUGGAAACAAAAUCUAAGCAAAGAGGGACUCUAGUAAAAGGAAUCAAAUCUGACAGCAUAGCAGUGGACUGGAUAGGUAGGAAUCUUUACUGGACUGAUGGGACAGCCGGGCAGAUCUUGGCCACCCAGCUAAAUGGUACCUGGAAGGGAAAUCCUGAAUACACCGUGGUACUCGAUUACCUUGAUCAGCCGCGGUCCCUGGCGCUGAAUCCACUGGAUGGAUUGAUGUACUGGAGUGAAAUCGGGGCUGAUCCCAAAAUACAGCAAGCUUGGAUGGGUGGAAGCAGCAAAAAAAUACUAAUUGAUGAAGGACUUGGCUGGCCUACCGGCAUAACUCUUGACCUCUUGAGCUGGAGAAUCUUCUGGUCUGAUGACAAGUUUCAUUGCAUUGGAUCAGCUUCCUUGGAUGGCAUUGGCAUAAAGGUCUUUCAGCUGCCUGAGAUCCAUAGUCCCUUCUCACUGACUAUCUUUGAGGACUACAUUUACUGGUCUGACAUGAUAUCCAGGAGAGUACAGAAGAUAGACAAAAGGACUGGCAAAAACAGAACAGUCCUUAUCAAGCGCCAUGGGCAGCCAUAUGGACUGAAGAUUAUGCAUGAGGUCCUCCAGCCUACAGCCCACAAUCCUUGUGCAGGCAGCAGCUGUUCACACUUGUGCCUCUUGAAUCCAAACAAGAAAGGAAGCUGCCACUGUCCGAUUGGACUUGUUCUUUCAGGUGAUGGAAAGACAUGCAUUCCUCUGAAGGAGUCAACAUUCGUGUUUCUGGUUGCACAAUCUAACGUUACUCAGGUCUACCUGAAGAAAUUGCCUCCUGUGAUGGGACAGGGAACUCUACCUGAUCACAACUCUCUUCCCUUGAGCAACAUUACACGCAUAACAGCUAUAGACUAUUCUGUACGUGAUGCAGCUCUUUACUUUUCAGAGUUUGAGAGUGGGUUCAUAAAAGUCCUCGCCUUUAAGGAUGCUGGGCGAAUUUCCUUGAAGAAAAUUCUACCAGUCGAGGACACUGUGAUCUCUCUAGCCCUAGACUGGCUAAGUGGCAACAUCUAUUGGGUUGACAACAAACAUCCAGCCAUCCAAGUAGGAACUUCAGAUGGCAGAUAUGUACAUGUGGUGAUUGGUGAAGGGCUUUCCCGUCCAACCUCUGUGGUGCUGCAUCCUCCAUCUGCAGCUAUGUGCUUUGCUGACUUGGGUACAGAGCAUGGCGUGCCUGGUCCCAUGAUUGAAUGUGCCUCCAUGGAUGGAAGCGAAAGAAGGGUUCUUUGGAAGAAAGCCCAGUCUCCUGUUGGCUUAACAAUACUGGAUGAUGGAACCCAGCUCUAUUGGGCAGACCAAGCAAAAGGUACUGUGGAAAGCAUACGGAUGGAUGGAUCCAGAUAUAGACUCCUUCGGAGACGACUACACGGCCUUACACUCUUCACAGUAAGGGAAGGAACGAUCAUUUGGACCACAGUGGCACACAACAGUGCAACAAAGGUAUGGCACAGCAAACUGGACUUAAAAGAAAGCUGGUGGUUUCAGGUUAACCAAAAACUUGUGGAUAUGAAGAUUUACAGCAAGCUAAGCCAAGAGGGUAGCAAUGGCUGCUCAGAGAAGAAUGGGGGAUGCAACCAUAUUUGCUUGCCAGUUCCACAAGGGAGAAGAUGCAGGUGUACCACUGGGUACAACCUAGAGCAUGGCACUGAAUGCAUCAAAAUCUCAAGAUGCCCAGACCAGCUUCAAGCCUGCAAGCAUAGCAGCAAAUGUAUUGCAAAGGUCCAAAUUUGCGAUGGUAGUAUUGAUUGCCCUGAUGGCACUGACGAGACAAACUGCAAGUACAAUUUCAAGACGAAACCCCAGAGCACAACCCCAUCUUGGACAACAAAGCUGAAAAGAAAUCCAUUUAUUGGUAACAGAAAACCAUUGGCACCUACCAAAACCACCACCACCAAGAAACCUAUCACUAGAAGAGUGUAUGUACAACCAGCAGUAACAAAACAAAGGACUACAAGUGCUACUGUGACAACAACACAGGUGCUUCCUCCAAGGAAAGCAUACAAGACCACAUUGUCUACAAUGCAGAAAUGGAAAGGACAUUCUCUGAUGCAGGGGGUCAUGGGAAGUGGUCCAAAGUCUUGCAGCAGUGAGACCUGUAACAUGAGGGGAGAUUGCAUUGUGAAAGGCAAUGGGGUGACAUGUAACUGUAUGUUGGGGUACAGUGGAGACUACUGCGAGGAAGAGGAGGGAAAGUCUAGAGCUGGCUCCGUUGUUUUGGCCAUCGCUGUUGUCUUGCUGCUUGUGGUGGCAGCCGCAGGGGUCUAUAUCUAUUUCAGGAGGCACAGAACUCGCCAAAGAACGUCAAGUACAGAAUCUUCUAAAACAUUGACCAGUUACCAGAAGGAUAAUGAAUCAGAAGGACAGAACUUUGUAGAAGAUGAAACAUGUAUUAAUGCAGCUUAUGAGCCAGAACAGGAACUGCCAACUCCUCUGAAGAUAAACACUGAUGCAGAUAUAUAAAACACAUCAAUAAAUUAUUAAUUGAA